AUGACAGAAUCCAAGAUCCCCACCGAUGAGGCAAUCAGUCGUACCUCCACUACUUCAACCCGACACGGUGAAACUAUCCAAACUCUCAAAAAAACUCUCGAAGCAUUCCCACUACCUGGCAACACUCAAUUUAACACGUUACGCGACGAAACUCAACAAGAAUUGCGAAACCUGGAAUCGAAACUAACUGCAGCAAUCGCGGCUAAAAGCGCCCUAUGGUCGGAAAUAUCCAGCAAUGUUCAAUCUCUUCACCAAGGACUCGCGGAACUCAAGCAGUUAUAUCAGUCUCGACCAACCAAUCCAUCUCGGCUCUCAUCAGAUCUUCAACACAAUUUUUUAGACAGUGACCACCACAAUGCUCAACCAACACAGGCAAUCCAUAACACCAUUGUUCCCCGCCCAUCUCGUCAUUUCCAACCUUUUCUGGAAAACCUACUGAUCGAUCACGACAGUUUUUAUUACGGGUGGUUGAAUACGCCCGAACCAUCAAUAAGUGGUCUACUGACACUUUACUUCAGGGAAUUUCUCAAUUUUUAA